AUGGAUAAUGGUACAAAAUACGUUCAUCGGAGACAUUCACCGCAAAACGGAAUUCAAGCAUGGAUCGAUGAUGUUCACCAAGCACGGUCCGUGGAAGCCACUUCUCGAAAUCUUUUCCAGACCUUGUAUGUUGGUGAAAGCAUCUACGGACUUUUUGCAUUGCCAGCUUUUGUAGACAGUCAUACGAUAACCGUGGUACCGAAAUAUCUCGGUCCCCCACUGCUAGAAGGUCCAACACCAAUUGCAGUCGAGAACGAUGUUCUGAAGACACAAAGCAGUUCAUCUACUCGUCGUGUUGCUUUGAUCAAUUUGGAUAUAGCGAAAAUUACUCAUAAGACAGUCAAUGGAGAAUUCUUAGUAUUGGGCUAUCACGAACUGCCUCAGUUGACUCAAUCACAACUCAUUUCACAACGAAUUAUUCGCCAGCAACGAUAUCGUUCUUUAGCUUUCGUUACAACAGAUGUGCAACCUGAUGAAAUAUCUGUCCAGACUGCAGAAAUCGAUGAACACGCUUCGUGGAAGACUAAUCAAUUGGUUAUAACCAUUGUUAUUUCAUUUACCACAUUGUUUGCCGUUGCCUGCUGGUUCUUUAUGGAAAAGUUAUGGAAUCAUGAACAGAAGAAUUCACCAGAACAACGAACGAACUGCGCACAAACAUCGAAAAAUUUUAGAAAUUUUUGGUAUGCACGGCAAUUAGAGCGGUUACCACAUGGGUGGCUGCAAGCUGGAAAUAUUACAUAUAAUCCUGAAGAUCGCCUUGGACAUGGAUGCGAAGGAACUGUUGUAUUCAGAGGUAAAUUUGAUGGUAGAGAAGUAGCCGUGAAGCGGGUUAUUGCCGACAUUCGACUUGCAGAUCGCGAAGUUGAUCUUUUACGUGAAAGUGAUACCCAUCGAAAUGUUAUCAGAUAUUUCUGCAUGGAAUCUGACAGCAAUUUUCGCUACAUUGCAUUGGAGUUAUGUGAUUAUUCACUAUUCGACUAUGUGGAGAAAAAAGAAAUUCGAGAGAAAUGUCCCCUUAUUCCGUUGGAAAUUCUGCAUCAAGCAACUGAAGGACUUGCAUAUCUUCACAGUAUAAAUAUAGUGCAUCGUGACAUGAAACCGCAAAAUGUACUGCUAUCAAGAGGUGCCAGGCAAGGUGCAAUGCGAGCGCUGAUCUCAGAUUUCGGCCUGUGUAAGAGACUUCAAGCAGGUCGUAACUCGUUAUCACGAAGAUCCGGCCUUAUCGGCACUGAUGGCUGGGUCGCACCAGAAGCUUUAAUAUCAGAUGCAAGUGUUACAUGUGCUGUUGAUGUUUUUUCGCUUGGUUGUAUUUACUACUACGUAUUAACAACUGGAAGUCAUCCGUUUGGAGAUGCUUUGAAACGACAAGCAAAUAUCAUGCAAGGAGAAUAUAGCUUGAAAUUUCUGAGCACAUCUGGUAAUUUAAUGGCAGUUGCGCUGAUUGAAACGAUGCUGCGACGUGAUCCACUGCGUCGUCCGAUAUCAGCUACUUUAGCAGUACAUCCAUUUUUCUGGAGCAAAGAGCAUCAACUUAGGUUUUUUAUGGAUGUCAGCGAUCGGAUCGAAAAAUUAGACGAAAACACUUUUUUAUUGCGUCGCAUAGAGGAAAAUGCUCGCUGUGCUAUCGGUUUUAAUUGGCGUGUGGCCAUUUGUCCCAUUCUUGCAGCUGAUUUACGCAAAUUUCGAACUUACAAGGGUACUAAAGUCCGAGAUCUAUUGCGUGCAAUGCGAAACAAGAAACAUCAUUAUCAGGAAUUACCAAAAGAGGUGCAAAAGACGCUUGGUGAAGUUCCCGAUCAGUUUGUUACCUAUUUCACAGAUAGAUUCCCGCAGUUGUUGCAACACACUUACGAUGCAAUGCGUUGUUGUGCUAACGAGCAUGUCUUCACUAGGUAUUACUCGGAAGAAGAGCGGAAAAAGGCUGAUGAAUUUGCAGUUGAAAUGGCGGCAAGUGAAAUUAAAGAGUCUGAGAAUGAAGAGGUUGAAAUUGAGAAUAAAGAGAGAGAAACCAUAGAUGGUCCUAAUGAAGAUAAUCAAGAUGAAAGAAUCAUGAUUAAUGAACCUUCACAAGAAAUAAGAGCAGUUACGGCGGACUUUCCUACAACAGCUUCAGGUGAUUCUCGUCAGAACCGAAAACGUAAAAAACGUCCUAAACAUUAG